AUGCCUCUCUCCGACAGCUCCGGAAGCCUGCCUGGCGAUUUGGCAACCAGGACCAAACAGCACACCACCAGCCGCAUGAUGAAGACCACAAGACGUGGCCGUCCCUUUGCCAAGGACACUCACGACUUGUUCGCAACCCUCAUAGUCUCGCUCGAGCUCAGCACGCAUCGGCAGUACUUCAAGACCUACCACAACUCCUUCACCACCGACGAGGCGGCCGAGAACCUCUCCCAUCUCAAGUUUUCACAGUCCAAUCGUGUCCCUGAUCCUAACGAGCCCAGUCGUGUAGUCACCACCACCACCACCACCACCUUUAGCAUGAACCGCGACAUGGCCAAAGGCAUCUGCCAACACUUCAUGGACGCGCGCCUUAUCGAAAAUGCGGGUGACGCUUCCAACCCAGUCUUCAAGGACAAGGGCGUCUACAUGCUCACACCCAAGGGUCUACACAUUCUCGAGCGCUUCAUCACCAAGAAUGGCAUCAACGGCGACCAUUUACUCAAAGUCUUUUCGUCGCAACCCAUCUGCAUGAAAUUGCUUCACCUCGAGAGGCGUGCCUCGGACGACGAGCUGCUCGUCAAUACUGCCGUGCUCCACGUCAUUUUCCGACGUUUUGUUGGACGCUCGCCAAACUACGAGACUGCUCCAGGCGCCGGCGCCAAAGCAGACUAUCCUGACGCCGGCGUCGAUCGCACCUUGGGUAUCGAGGUGGCCGAUAUUCAGGAAAAAGUCAAAGGUCGUGGAUAUCGAACCGUACAACAUACGUUCAACUCCAUGAGUGCUCUCGAUUGGCUCUGCGACUUCACAACCGUAUGCGGCAAAGACGAGGCAGCCGAGAUCAUGGCACAUUUUCAGCGUCUCGACCUUAUCCAUGUGGUUCUCGACAAGUCUAAGCGCGAGAUGGAACCGUACGACGAUCGAGAUAUCAUCAUUCGUGUCGAUGACAGACGUGGCGGCGUCACCGAUGGCCAUUAUCGCUGCCACUCCAAGACUUUGUAUGGUGUUACCGAAAAAGGGCGUCAGGUAGCUCGAUGGGAAAGCACUGAUUCUCCUUCUGUCGUCGCCAGUCCCUCGAGGGAUGACAUGCCCAAACUAGGCGACGAUGCAGCUGCGAUGCAUUCCAGCAAACAGAGCCAACCUCAAACAUCUCGCGACACAGACAGUCCAGGCUCGCAAGAUUCUAGACUUGCCCGCAAGCCUUCCAUCAAGCUCCACUCGGAGAGCAGCUCGACUCCGGUCACCGCCGGAGCUGCAGGCAUCGGCCAGGGAUUGCAUGACUCUUCCUCCUACAGCAGCAAGGACAGCAAUACCAACCGACUCAAGAAUAUUCUCGAGGAGCCAGCGCUGCGUUCCCUCUUCCGCGAGUUCUUGCGCCAAAACUUCUGCGAAGAGAAUCUUAGCUUUUGGCUCGAUGUACAAGACUUUAAGCGUCGUUUCCACACCACCUCGAGUGCCGUGGCUGUACAGACGCCGUCCAAAGAGCAGAAGAGCGGUGUUGGCCGCCGACUCGGACGCAGUGUCACUGGCGUUCUGGCAGCGGGCGGGAACAAGGACAAGAGUGAAGACGAGUCUCAGGGCUUGACUGCGAUGGAAAGACACCAGCAGGAUCUGGUCAGCAUGGCCUUUGUCAUUUACGACACCUACCUGGCUCCCUCUUCACCUUGCGAGCUGAACAUCGACCACAACCUUCGCACGGAACUGAUUCUCUAUAUGAACAAGAUCUUGGCCGAAGCGCGGCUGUCGACCAGCUCUUCACAAACCGCAUCCCCGAGCGUGUCAACGACGCAGCUCAACGCUAACGUGCCCGGAAGCGAAGCACAUGCUGGGCAUGCAGGCGAGGCGGCCUCGAUUGAGGAGAGGAAAGCUGCCGUCGUCUCGAAACGGCUUCGAAUUCCUCUGCAUGCCAGUCAGCUGCAGGUCAUGGUCAGACUGUACGAGCGCAUCCAGGACUACAUCUUCAGACUCAUGGCCACCGACUCGGUGCCGCGUUUCAUCAAGGACGCACGUUUCAUUCAGCUCGUCAGAUCUGUGGAGGAGUACACCGAAGCUCUCGAGGCAGGACGCAUUGAUCCGCAGCAAAAUGCGGGUCCAGCUGUAGGUCGAGCCGUCUUUGAAGCCAUGCAGCUCAAGUCCGCCGAUAUGAUUUCGCAGAAGAGCAACGAUGGGCGCCCUUCGGUCGAUUCGCGCUCCUCUUUGAGCCCUCAGAAGCCAUCAUCAAAGGCUGUGGCGGCUAUACCAACACACGGCCGCGUUGCUAGUGGAGUGGCGGCGCCUUCUCCUAGCAAUCCUUGA